UUCUGGGAGAUUUGAAAAAGAAAGCGACCAACAAGGCACACAUUGAGGCUUCAAUUUGUCAAGCAUAUAUUCAACAAGAAACCUCAACGUUUUCAUCUUUUUAUUUUGAGCGUGAAGUAAUCAGUAAAAGAAAGAGACCUGCUCGGAACGAUGACAUUGGCGAGGAUUCAUAUGAUAAAGUAGUUUCUAUUUUCAACUACCCAGGUAGAGGUAAAGGAGCUGCGACUUACCGUUACAUCGUGGGCGGAGAAAUGAAAAUUGCACAUACUUACAUCCUCAUGAAUUGUCCAGAAAUCUUACCAUUUUAUAAUGAAUUUAGAGCGUCUUUAUCAGCAUUUCCUGAUGAUGCAAUUGAUGCAAUGGUGGACUCUGACUUUGCAUUAUGGUACCAACAGCAGAUCAGGUACCGUGGGAUUAACGACCCUCUGUUAGUAUCAUUAUCGUGGGGCCCUUCUUCCUAUGCAAAGGUUUGGCAUUCAUAUGUGA